AAACAAAUUUAAGAGAUGAGAUAAUUUAUGAUAUUUCGAUGUGUUUUUAACCGCCGGCACGUCGUUCCACCCACAUCCGUCGACACGUGGAGACCUGCCAUUGGCACAGACAUUACGUAUGGUUCCGUCCUGGACCACUUCCACCCGGAUCCUUCCCUGUCCUUCCGUACUCGCUUGCGCCUUCUUCCGUUUCGUGAACGACACGAUCCGUCUCUCCCGCUCUCUCUCCCCCUCGCUCGCUCGCCUGAUCGCUUGCUGAUUGGUGUUGAAGUCCGAUGGACUUGCACGAGCUCCACGAUCUCAUCGCCGAGAGGAAGCCCAGAUUCACAUCCGUCUCCGACCUGCUCGCCAACCAGGCGCUUUUCAUGGGCCAGCGCUACAGGUUCGUCCCCGCGGCCUGUCCUGAGCAGUACGGGAUGUUCAUGCCGGGCACCGGCAGCGAAGUUGGUCUUCCGCCUCAGCCUCCGCCUCCGCCACCGCCGGCAACGGAAUGCUUUGAAUUCUCUGGCGGUGGCGGGGGUGGUGGAGGCCAAGGGCGGUGGCCGAGACAGGAGACGCUGACGCUCUUGGAGGUGAGAUCCCGGUUGGACUCCAGUUUCAGGGAAGCUGCCCGCAGGGGUCCACUGUGGGAUGAGGUCUCCAGGAUCAUGGCAGAGGAGCAUGGAUACCGAAGGAGCGGGAAGAAAUGCAGAGAGAAGCUGGAGAACCUGUACAAGUACUACAAGAAGACCAAAGAAGGGAAGGCAGGGAGGCAGGAUGGGAAGCACUACAGGUUCUGCAGGCAGUUGGAAGCCCUCUAUGGAGAGAGUAGCAAUAUUGUCGCUACAGAGAUCAAUCAACGAUGCUCUGAUCAUGCUACCAAUGCAGCUGCCACUCUACCAGCUGCAGACCGAGGAGCCUGCAAGGCUCCCAAGCUCUCUUGGAGCAUCAGCUUGUCGAGUUCCGGUGAGUGCAACGAGGCCUCGUCCACCGAGGAGGAGGUAGACGGGAGCACCGGAAGACUCAUAAAGACGGGAGGAGAGAGUUGGAAGUCGAAGGUGGAGGAGUUCAUUGGCGCACAGAUCAAGAGGUUGAUGGAGGCGCAGGCGACGUGGAUGAACCAGAUGCUGAAGACCCUGGAGCACAUGGAACUGGCGAGGAUCUCCCGGGAAGAAGACUGGAGAAGGGAAGAGGCAGCGCGGCUCGACCGCGAGCGCAUCCUCCGGGCCGGCGAGCGCGCUUGGAGCGAGGCGCGCGACGCCGCGAUCGUACAAGCUCUGGAGAAGAUGAGCCGACGCGAGCUGAAGCCGCGACCGCGAGAGGAGACAAAUGGCAAUUUUUGGACCGAUGACAACUCAAUGGCUCCGCGAUGGCCAUCGCGUGAGGGUAGGAGGGGUGAAGGUGGCCUUGGGGUGGAGGUCCCGGCAGCCGUGGCGUGCGUGGGGUGUAGCAGUAGUAGUACGGAGAGGUGCAAGGAGAAGUGGGACGAGUGA